CAAGCCUCUUACUGCAUUUGAAUGAACAUAAAGGACCCCAGCUCAUAAUUAAAGCAGGCUAUUCACAUUAAGAGGAGGAAGCCAUUCCAUGGUUUCCCACAAUAAGGGAGAAGGACUAACUUAAUUGUGUUUUAGUCAGUUCGAUCGUGCUAUUUUGCUUCGAGAAGGCACUUGUGGCUUCGAUUUUUCUAUGUGAUCACAACUAGUUCUUACUCUUCCAGUCUGUAGCAAUGAAGUGCUGAUUUCAUUCGGACGCUGAAAUUCCUCAACAAAGUGCGAGACCUGCUGCAGAAUCUUUUUGCUAGUUUGGCUGAUGUGGAGCGGAGUGGAUUACUACACGGUUCUUAAAAAAUGAACCUUCUAACUUGUUUGCUGGAUUGCCUUUGGAAAGAUUCUGAAUUAAGCAAGAAAUAGCAGACCGUUGAAAUCUGCGGGAAUGAAUGACCUCAAAGUCAUGAGGGUCCUGGAUGGGGGUUCAUCAAUGGACCUACUAGAAGACCAGAAGGAACCAUAUAAAGAGGGGUCACCAAGGACAUCAGUAGCGACAACCCUGGGAACAGCCAUCACAGAAGAAAGACCCUAAGUUCAGAACUCAGAGAAGACUACAACUCCAUUGGAGUGAGCCUGGCCAAUUCACUUCACACAGGCCCUUUUCCUUUAUCUGGAGCAAAUAAAAGACUGGAAGCAUCAUGAUGGCCAAUAAAAGAAAUCUUGAUUGCGUGGAUUCUCUCAUUUGUAGCAAGAUGCCUCGACUGGAGAAUGAACAUAGUGAAUUAUCGACGGGGAUUUGUAAACCCAGUCCCCUGCCCAGUUAUGCUCAAGCAAAUUCCCUUAAAUACACUGGAGCAUAUUUAGCAUAUCAUCUUAGAAAUCGAGAUGGAACUGAUCCCUCAGGAGUCUGGAGUCAGUCGCGACCCUACUUGCAAGCCACGAGUAGUCCAUCUACCCAGUCCCGGCCUACUGAAGACAGUCGCCUUGGUAACCGUUUGUAUCAGACAGAACCUGAGGCUCCAUCUCCAACAUUUCAGCAAUCUGUAAAUGAGAAAGAUAAACUUGAUUUGGUCAAGGAUUUGAUGAACGUUCGCUCAAAGUGGGUCACUUUUGUUGAACGACAAAAGAGCCUGAGAAAUGGUCAGAAUCUCUCGGGUAUCCUCUGCCCUUCUGCAGCUGGGAAACAUAAUUUACUUGCACCUACAGUCCAUAACUGUGGAAAUGUAGCAUUUCCACAACCUGUAUAUAGAAGUAGUAUUUGUUGUUCUGGGGCUGGCUGCUCUUUGGAAAAUUCAGCAGAUCAUUUUCAUAGAAGAGGACAGGAAACUGAAUGGAGAAUGCCAGCUCCUGUUACUUCAAGCUGUUUAAUUGCAAAUAGUGACCACUUGAUGCAUAAUCAGCAGUAUGGUAAUCCUCUUUUGAAAAAUAAAUCAUUGCAUCAUGGAUCUAAUCAUACACAGAUUAACUCCGUGGGCAGAAUCUCCAAAGAAACCGGAAGACUGCCUGGAGUGCGUUCAUCCCUGUGCCAAGGAUACGGUACUUACAAUAGCAACGUUCUACAGGACCCUAGGUAUUCUGUGCUACCAUAUGAAAACUCCAAUGGAAACGUACCAAGUCAUGCGUCUAUGCACAACCUCCAAGACUUCCAGAAACUUCCUUUGCACCCGUAUUCAACAAGUGAAGGGCAACAGGUCCAGCCACCUUUCUAUUGUGAUAAGUUAUCACCUCCAAAGUUUCCGAUGCCAAUUCAGCCAAAAGCUGUUCAUUCUCAAAACACUAUUUUAAAUCAGCAAAAUGCAAGUUCCUACUCAUUGCAUCCACAUGGUUUCAGAGCGCAGGUGACUGGAUGUCCAUAUCCAGUUCAAGGCACAGGCAGCCGGCUGCCCGUAUCCAGUUCAACAUUCGCAGGACAGCUAAGCCCAGGGAACCCUUACCCACAGCCUUCUGAAUCUCUCGGCUAUCCUGUUCCUCACCCUCAAUUGCAGAAAGGUAUCCCCAUGACAGGUCCCUUGAUUCACCCUGGAUUAGAAUCUGGAGCACAAUCAGCACAGCUAGGGAUACAGAGUCCCUCCAGAAAGAGUGCGUCUGCAUCACACCAGGAUCAGGCAAGUGGAAAACUGUCUGCAUCCGAUAUCUUGCACUUCAGGCCACACGUUAUUGUUGACGCGCAAACGGAGAAACGAUGUUACAAUUCAUUAAUCUCGCUUUCCAGUAAGGAAUAUACUGGCCAGCAGCAACUGAUAAGUAAACACAGCGCUUUUCAACCAGUUCUCUCUGGAAAACGUUUGAAAGGGACAUUUGAGAGACCAGCUGUUUCCCCGGCAGAUCAAAGACCAAAUGAUACUUAUAUGCAUGAACAUAUAUCAAGCAUUGAUAUUUCAUCCAAUAAUAAUCAUGGUAUGUCAACAUUCAGUAAAGGGAAUGAAAUUAUCAAUAACAAACUGGUGAACUGUGGACUGAGUAGCCCACCAAAGAGUUACAAUAUUAGUCCAAACAGAAAAACAUCGGAGAUUAAUUUCCUAUCUGCCCCUUCCUCUAAGGAAGGCAGGAGACUGUCUGUUCCUUCCCCACCUAUGCCAGUCAUUAAUAACGUGUUCAGUUUGGCCCCUUACAGAUCUUAUCUGGAAGCCACGGGUCUGUUUUUCUCCAGAUGUCAGAAAUGUCAGUCAGACUGCAAUAAAUCUUUAAACUGUUCAUGUUCUCCAGAAAAUAAAACUAAACAUUGUGGCUAUGCUGGAGUCACAGAUCCAGAUUCACGUAAGCAAAGCCCUGUGAGGCUUUCAAAGGGCAUCUCUGAAUUACAAUGCAAGGACGCUGAAUCAAACCAAAACAACCCUCCUAUCUGCACAGGAGCCAAUAACAAAGAAGGUUCAUCAGGAACAGAACUGAAGAAAGCAGAAAGUGAGAAGAAUUCUGUCGAUAUUCAGCAUCGAGACAUUAACUUGUCCCCUAACCUCCAGAUUCAAAAUGAUACACACCAACCAAGUAGCAAGUCUACAGCAAGCCACGAGCUUGAUCCUAAUGCUGGAAAGCUUGAGAUGACCAAACUGGAUGCUGAGUCAGCCUUGGACCUCAGUAUUAAGAAUAAAAAUCAACUUGUGGAUGUCACUCAACCAAAAAUCUCAGCUGCUUCUGGGUUAGAGGAAGAACUAGAAUGUACUGGUGAAAUAUUAAAAGAAAAAAAUGAAGGGGAGUCCACGAGCAAUGCAGGGGUACAAGAAAGCAAAGCGGAUCCCACACAACCAGCACCAUCUGCAGUUUCUUGCGAGUCCAGAGAAGAAUUGAACAGCAAGGAAGUAUCAAAUGAAAAGGAAGAGAAUAUUGCAGAAUCUGAGAGUGAUAAGAGGAAACAAAAAACUGAAGUACAAUCUGAUAGUAAUGGACAAACAGUAGUUAAAACCUCUGACACCAGCAGUGUGGUUAAAAGUAGUGCUCUCACAAUGGAACUGAGUAAAUAUAAAUUACUGAGACCAGCCCCUUCAAGAGUGGAUGGAUUCAAUCCUACUCAUCCAGCUGAAGACUCUAAUGACGCUAAAAAAUUGAGUUUACUUGGAUCUCUUAAUCCGUUGAGAUUAAUUCUGAGACCUCUGAAGUUAAUAGUGCCCGAUGAGCCCAAGUCGGCAUUGAGCCCUGUUCUGGAAACUAAAAUGUCUCCUUGUGAAACCAAAGUCAGCAUUCCCAGCAAUGGAGAGUUAAUGCAGAGUGAGAGUAAUGCUUACACUUCCUUCGUGCAUCUUCAUCAGUCCCUGUGUGACAUGAUUGCGCAGUCUGUGGCCGAAACCUCUGAAGAAGUUUUGCGCUCAUGUUUGCAGGACGUUGAAACGCAGAACCACGGCAAGGAAAAUCCAAUGCUGAGAUCUUCAGUAAAACCAAAGAAUAAUACUAGAAAUGUUGAGGUAUUAAAGAUGUCAAAAUCACAGGAGAUUUGGCUCAAUUAUGGACAAAUUCAACCAACCAUGCAAAAACUGCUUUCCCAUCUGGAGACCUACCUUUUUACCAGAAGAUGCCCAUUUCCCCAUGUAAUAAGGGCUGGUGCGAUUUUCAUUCCAAUAUAUUUAGUAAAGGAGAAGCUGUUUUCCAGCAUCAAGGGAACAAUGAUUGAUCAGGUUUUUCAGGAGCACAAAAUAGAACUACGACCGACAACUCUUUCAGAGGAGAAGAAACUGCAAAGUGAGUUGCAUCUUCAAAGAUGUUCCUCCAGACUAAUUAAGCUGCUCUCCUUGAAGCAGUUGCCCGAAAUCUAUCCAGAUUUGUUGAAUGUUAUGUGGCAUUCUUGUGCAAAAAUCCGUCUUGGUGGAGAAAACGAUGACAACCUGAAGAAGAUUGCCGUCACUACAAACCCAGCUGAAAUGAAUGGUAGUAAAAAUCAGCAAACAGAUUCUGGUUCUGCUGGAAAGAAAAAAAUACUAAACAAAGCACCAGGAGAAAACCCUUCUUCCAUUGAAGAAAAGCCUAACGAUGGCAUUACAGUUGCCAGACUUGGUGUAAAAUUAAGAAAAAGGCAAAGAAAUGAUGAUGUUUCUUCACGUGUAAAUUCUAACACUGUUUGUACUAAUUCUACCAGUGGUUCAUCAUCUGGACACAAAGUAAACCCAUCAUCAGUUGACCAGUCAGAAAAACCUUGCUCCACAGAACCUGAUCAAGAUGCUUGUGCAGCGAAGUUAUCCAAGGAGUCCCAGCCAGCUCCAAGAAAAUUACACAAAACCACCAAAGAACUUUUGGAGGAAAAGGCUAUUGUGAAAGGUAACUUUGAAAAGAAAGGCAGCACUUUGGUAGUUAAGUUGAAUAGAGUGGUUAUUAAAAAUGACAGCAAGGGACCAGAUAGUCCCCGCUCUAUAAAGAUCAAAGAAUCCCAAGUGCUAGUAAAGAAAAAUAACACUGCACUAAGGCCAACUAGAAGCACAUCUAAACUGCUCCACCUUCGUGGCUCAAUUGUGCGGCUAAAAUUUCAGAAAUCAGUAAAAACUGCUCCAUGCAGGAAUAUAGUAUUGAAACCAUUUACCACAAGAAAGCCUUUACUGACUCGUAACUCACAACGGCUGGAUCAGAAGAAAAGUUUGAAACCUCUACGUUUCAGAAAACGUCAGGAGAAAGAGUACCCAAAUUUAGUGGGCAAACGCAUCAGACAUCUGUAUGAGGAAAAUGAUAAAUCUGAGUCUUGGUAUAAAGGUGUAGUACUCAGAGUGCAUGAAAAGCACCAGAAUCCUUUAAAGACUGUGUAUGAAGUUAAAUAUGACAGUGAGCCUGAUUGGCAGUACUACCUUGAACUCUUGCAAGAUUACGAGAAAGGUUGGCUAAGAGUUGAUGACUGACACUUCUUUUCCAAGUAAAACUAAGAAUUGUGUUUGAAUAUUUGAGAUGACCACUAUGGAAAUUGAAACAAACAUCAGCAAGUGAUUAGUAAAAGUAAUAAUAAUUUUGCAUUUUGAAAGGGAUCUACAGUGAGUCUUUUUAGUUUAUUUGCAGGAAAUGGUACCUCUACAACUCUUAAUUCCUAGCUGGCAAAAUAGUGUGCGCUUUGAUUUUAGUUACAACUGAAAAUGUUGGAGGAAUGAGGGCAAAUAAUAUUCAUAUGAAGUCAUGGAUGAGCAUGUACACGUUCCAAACUUAAACUGUGGAAAAGGUUCUAAUUCCAGAACCAAGUGUAUACAAUUAAAAUCGUUUGUUGUUCAUUGGGUUUCCCGUGCUCUUGGAUCUCUCCUGUCAAAAGCACUGAUUUGGCACUCAGCUGGCAAGUGCUAGCAACCUGCAGGACUUGCCCUAAUCACUGGGUGUUUGGUGUGAUACCUCUGUCUCUAGGACCAUGCAGCCAGAUCUGCUUCACCGUUGAUGUGUGUGUAUACAUACGCACACAUCCUAAACACAAAUGCACACACCUCAUUAUGGAAAUUGCUAGCAAUUAUAAUUGAUCCAUUUCAUCUGUCACCUUGGGCUACAGAGCUUGAUUGUAGUUCCUGACCAUGUUUCCAGCAAAACUGAGCUAAUUUAUAAACCAUGUGACUUAUAGUUAAUAGAUGGUAAAAACAGGAUAUUGAAAUCAUUUGUACAAAUCAUUUUAAUGUAUUUCAAUUCAACAAUCAGAAUACAAAUUUGUUUUGGUUAAACUUUUGAUAGUACAGAAACGUUUUGUAAACUUUUUUACCUCCCUGUUCCCACCUUUUGCCUUCUGAGAAUACAAGUGGACACAGUUGAGUUGGGUGGGUAGUGCUGGUAUUUGCAGAGCUCUGCAAGUUGUGCUCCAGUGCAUGAACAGCACUGCCAGGUUGGUCUUUGAUAGAAUACAAAUCAGGAAUCAAUUAAACAGAAAUCUCAAUUUCAAUUUUAUGUUAAGACCCUUUUUUACUUGCAGGACUCACAAUCAGCAACUUAUCAAAAGUAGCAAAUAUAUAUUGACAAGAUUUAUUCCUGCGGUAAAGUUCCCUCCAUAAAAAACUAUGCAUGCAUUACGUGGAGAUAAAUGUGCUCAGCUGUUUGCUGCUGUUGUACAGAUCUGAACUUGAGGCAUUGAUACAUAGUUAAGUAGCAUAGUUACACUGUGGUGUUUUGUACUUUUUAAUAACUUACUUUUGUAUCUUAGUAAGUUAACGAUGAUAUUGAUAUAGUGUGUCUAAAUGUGAACUAGGUUGAAAAACCAUUGUUACAAACUACUUUGAAUUAAGUACUUUUGUAUAAAGAUUUUAAACUAUUGAAA